GAGAAACACAUCGAUUGUUCGCAAGAUUUCUGUUUAGGGGUAGAAUGGGAAACCUGAAGGCUCUCUUCAUAGCACUAGUUUCCAAUAUUGCAUUGGCAAACUCUGUUGCUCGAGCCAAUUUUUACGCUGAUACAUUCUUCAACUGGGGCUAUCAGAACACUGCAAUCUGGGGUGAUGGCGAUAACCUUGCCUUGAUACUCAACAAUGUUUCAGGUUCUGGCAUUCAAACAAGAAAACAGUACCUCUUCGGAAGCAUAGAAAUGCAAAUAAAACUGGUCGAAGGAAACUCUGCAGGAACUGUAACUACCUACUAUCUUUCCUCAACAGGAGAGAAACACGAUGAAAUAGACUUCGAGUUCUUGGGUAAUCUAUCAGGAAAACCCUAUAUGAUCCACACAAAUGUAUAUGCUCAGGGUGUCGGGAACAGGGAGCAACAGUUCUACCCGUGGUUUGACCCAACUUCUGACUUCCACAACUACACCAUUCACUGGAACCCAAGUCAGAUUGUGUGGUUCAUUGAUAGUAUUCCAAUCAGGGUUUUCAAAAACCAUGAAAACAUCGGCAUACCAUACCCCAACCAGCAAGCAAUGCAGGCAUAUUCAAGCAUAUGGAACGCCGACAAUUGGGCAACUCAAGGUGGUCUAGUGAAAAUAGACUGGAGCAAUGCACCAUUUAUAGCGAGAUAUCGCAAGCUUAAGCUUAGAGCUUGUGAAUGGAAAGGGCAAAACAGCAUCUACAAAUGUGCUUCAAGUACUCCCAAUAACUGGUGGACUUCUUCAGAAUACAGCCAGUUGAGUUACGCUCAGAUGGGCCAGAUGGAAUGGGUGAGAAAUAACUAUAUGGUCUAUGACUACUGCAAGGAUACAAAGAGGUUCAAUGGAGACUUUCCUCCCGAGUGUUAUCAACAGCCAAACUGAUAUCAACCAUUUCCAGAAUUUUUUGAGAUUCGACCACGUUAAUAAGUCUGAAAAUUUUCAGGUUUCUUUGCUUAUUGAAGAGUGCUCUGUGUGGUGUUUCGUUUCAUGUAAGGUGUGUUGGGGCUUUCUUAAGAUUUGAGUCUCCCUUGUAUUCAAUUUAUUGCUUAUGAUCAACAGAAUCGAGCGCGCUUU